AUGAAUUUUGAAUUAUUCGAAAAGAUUUUAAAUUUAUUUGAUAAAUUACAACUAAGUGGAAAAUCUCUUGACAUAAAUAUUGAUCAAGAUUUAUUAAAGAUUCUUCCACUUCCACGAAAAUUAAUCCUUGAUCUUCUUUAUGAUGAAACAAUAUCAAACAUUUUUCAUUUAUCAAAAGAUCAAAAUACAAUUCAUUUUCAAAAUAAUUUUUGUUUAUGUUCAAUUGAUCAAAAUGAAGGUGGGUCAUGUAAAUCAUCAGCAUGUGAACAACUUCAUAUUUGUAAAGAUUUUAUUACAAAUGAUCAGUGUUCUAAAUUAAAUAAAUACGGAAAAUGUUCACAUUCUCAUUCAUUAUUAACACAACAUAAUAAAUUUAUUCUUGAAAAAUAUAAUUUAUCAUCAGAUGAUGAACGAACAUUUCAAUUUAUUUCUCAUCUUAUACAAAUAUCAUUAUCAAUAAUGCAUUCAUCAAGAUUAUUUAUACAAACAAUUAAUCGACAACAUAUAAGUGAUAAUUUAAUUCAGUUAUGGUUAAAUGAUCAUAAGUCUUUAGUAAUUCAUAAAAGAUUCAUUGAUCAAUAUACUAUUCAAUUUAUAUUUGAUGAUGAUGAAGUUGCUUCAAUGAUGGAGAAUUUCAUAUUACAAAAUCAUGGAAACACUAUAUCAGUCAAGAAAAAUCUUUUAUCUGAUGAUGUUGAUGCAAUUUAUUCGAAAAUCUCUGAAAAUGAUUUUAUUUCAAAUUCAAAUAAUAAUGAACAAGUUCAUUUAUCAAAUAAACAUAUUUCUAAAACAUCUGAUCAAACAUUAGAUAAUAAUGAUACAAAUAAAUAUGAAAACGAAAAUCGAAUUAAUAUAACAUUUGGACGAUCCCGUGGAAGAAAUCAAUUGAAUAAAGCUCCACCUUCACCUUCAUUAUCGAAUAAUAAAUCUUGUUCUCCACAUAAUAAUCAAUCUACUAUAAAUAAUCAAUCUACUAUAAAUAAUCAAAAUAUAAAUUAUGAAAAUAUUCAAUCAAAUUUAUCUUCUUCAAAUGGUCAAGUAUCAUCUUUUCAUUCAUCAACUACAAAUCAAAGAAAAUUUAAAUUUUCUUCUCGUCUUAAUUCAACAACAAAUGAUGUUUAUACACAAGAUACCAAACCAAAAAACAAUGAUAAUAGUACAAAUUCAACAUCUAAAAUAAAUAACAAUGAAAUCAAUUCAAUAUCAGAUCAAUUAAAACAUGACAAGCAAUCUCAAUCAAAUUAUUCAUCGAAUUCACCUUCAACGUCUUAUUCACCAAAUAUUGAAUUAACUCAGAUUAAUCAAUAUGAUAUGAAUGAUAAUAAUGAAUCACCAUCGAACGAUGAUCCUAGUGAAAUUGAUUCUUCUGAAAAUGCUUCAUUAAUAAGUGCUAAUGUUAAUUCUACAAGACGUUUUGUUCUUCGUGGACAUAACACAAUAAAUAAAGAAAAAAUUCCAGUUAGAAGAACAAGUCAAACAACAAUGAAUUAUUAUUACAAAAAACCAUUUAGCGAUCAGCAUUUAUGUUAUCUUCUUGGUCCUGGAAGAAAACAUAUUCCUGAAAAUGAUCAAUGUCAAAUAUUAUCGUGUUUACCAUCGGGUUAUUGUCGAGUAACAAAUAUUGAACAAGGAAAAGAUAUUGAAAAGCGAUUAUAUUCUAUUUUACCUGAGACAUUUAAUAUUGAGACUGUCAAAAUCCGUGAUCAUCUUUCUCUUGUUAUUUGUUCAUCAGCUGCAGAAUUUAUUUUCCAACAAAGUCAAAUAGAUUAUGCUAUUAUUACUGAACCAUCGAAAGUUCAUUGUAAAUCAUCUUCAAUUGAUGAUGAAAAUAGUAAACAGCUAUCAUCGGACGGAAAAUUUCGUAUAAGUGCAACUGAUUCGUCAAUUGAUGUUAUAUCUGGUGAUAUAAGUCAAGUUCCCGUGGAUAUGAUGAUAUGUGUAAGUACAUCAAAUAAUUUAUGUGAUAGUGUUCUUCGUUGUGCUGGUCAUCAAAUCGAAUCCCAAUAUAAAGAAUCUCAUCGUUCAGGAGAUGCUUUAAUUCUUGAUGGAGGUUUAACUGCAGCACGAAGAAUUCUUUUUGUUCCUUGGCAAACACAAAUUGAACAAACAGAAACAAUUAAAACUCAAAAGUCAUUGUCAGAUUUAGUUAAAUGGUGUAUUGAACAAGGACAUCAACGAAAUAUGAGGUCAAUAUCAUUUCCACCUAUUGGUGCUGGUCAACUUGGUCUAGAUCCAGCUUUUGUUUGUGAAGCAAUGAUUAGUGGAGCAAGUCAAUGUUUACAUCAGUAUAAAAUGGAUGUUAUUUUUGUUAUUUAUCCUUCAACUGAAAUCAAUUCGAAUCAUCCAUAUGAUCAUGAUGAUGAUGAAUGUUAUCAAGUUUUCAGAAUUUAUCUUGAUAGUCUUUGUGAACAAAUUAAACCAAAUAAAGCUUCGACACCAACGACCGAUAAUCAAACAAAACUAUCAAAAAAUUUUGAUACACAAAAACAAUGUAUUCGACGAGAUAUACAAAGUAAACGUGUGUUAACAUUAUCAAAUUCGUCAAAAAUGAUUGAACAUCAUAGUUUAUUGAUAAAAUCAUUGGAAAAUUUAUUACAUGAAAAAAGUGUUGACUUGUCACUUAUUGAAACAUCAUUACUCGAUAAAAUUGAUUUAUUAAUCGAUAUAUGUUUAAAAUAUAAUGUUAUUCCGCGUAUUGAUUAUUCAAAAACUGAAUUAAAACUUAUUGGUGAUCGUGAUUCAUGUUAUCAAUGUUUUUUUAAUCUUCGUCGAGAUAAAAAAGUUUAUCAAUAUAGUUAUGUAUUAAGUCAACAUGGUGAGAAAUCCGAUGAAAUUAAAUUAAAUUCAUUUAUUUCAUUGAAAAUCGAUGAAGCUUUUGCUUUAGCAGAGUCAAAUAUUUGUAUUGAAGAUGAUGAUAAAAUAACAUUCAAUAUUGAUUUAAAUAAAUUACAAGUACAAAUCAGUCGAACAAAACAAUUGGCGUUUCUUGUUAAGAAAGAAAUAAAUCUUGAUUCAAAAAUGAAAAUUCCAUCAUUAUGGUCUUCAUCCUUGUUAAUGAUUCGUACUAUAGAAAUAAACAAAUCUGCAUAUGAAUCAUUAGAAUGUCACAGAGUUUUUCAUGAAACAAUGUCAACUAAUGAUUGGGUUAUUGAACGAAUUGAUUCAAUUGAGAAUUAUCCAUUAUAUAGACAUUUUAUCAAUAAAAAUAAAGGCGAAACCAAAUUCUAUUAUCAUGGUUGUUCUUAUUCAUCAGUUCAAUCAAUAAUUCAUUAUGGUUUACAUUCAUCAAAUGCUUCAAAUUAUGGUGAUCAAUUUGGAAAUGGAUCGAUUUGUUUGACACGUGAUAUAUUAAAUAGUCAUGUAUAUGGAACUCGUCGUUCAACCGAAGGAAAACAUUAUUUAUUUGCUGUUCAAUUAGCCAAAAAUGAUAUUAAUAAUGAUUUUAUUUUAUUAACAAAUGAUGAUGCUUAUUUAGCUUUACCAACAUAUUUAAUUGUUUAUCAAAGACGAAAAGCUUUGGUUUAA